AGCGCCUCGGAGCUGUUUGUAGCUGGCACAGGAACGCUCUCAGUUGUGAUCAUUUGGAGCCUUUAUUACGUCACCAAACACCCGGAUGUACAGGCCAGGUUACAUUGCGAGCUAGAUGAAGUCAUUGGCAAAAAUGCACGACUUCCAGAGUUCUCAGACCGACCUAACUUGCCAUAUUUGGAGGCGUUUAUUGCUGAGCUACAUCGAUCUGCAAGUGAGAAUCCUUUGGCGAUUCCUCAUUCGACAACGCGGGAUACAUCCCUUGCGGGAUUCUUUAUCCCUCGGGAUACCACAGUGUUUGUUAAUCUUUGGGGAAUUCACCACGAUCCUGAUUACUGGCGGGAGCCAUUUAGUUUUCGGCCGGACCGAUUCUUGGAUGAACAGGGGCGACUGCAUGUGGAAGGAAUCAUGCCUUUCUCGACAGGAACACGUUCGUGUCUCGCAGAAAAGUUUUCCAAAAGAGUGAUUUUCUUGUUCGUUGCGCGAUUGCUGCAUAGAUUUAGAUUUGAGUGUCCGCAUGCUGAAAUCCUGCCCGAAGAGAAAGACCUGAGUGAUUACGGGAUUUUACUUGAUUGUAAGCCGUUUAGGAUAAAAGCAAUAGAAAGAAGAGUUAACAGUUAAUUGAUUACAUCGUUUGCUCUACCGAUAGGAAUCUAUUAUAUCCUUUGAACACAGCCUCAUAAAAAGUGGAGUGUUUCUAAACUUUUUUAGCAUUUUGUGCUUUUCAUAUUGUAGUUCAUGGAAGACAGCUAGAGGUAGCUAGCUAUCAUAUUAAUACUGAUGGAAAUAUCGUGUAGAAAUAAAGUUAUCUCAUAUGGGCUACUGCGCUCCUGAUUCUAUUUGGUUACAGUCGGCUCUCUCUUAGAGGACACCUCCAUAAGACAGACACCUCUAUUAAGCGGACACCUAGACCCGGUCCCUGCCUUUUGUUAUUCUCUUUAUUUGACUGUCUAUAUAUAAGACGGACAUCUCUGUAAGACGGACACUUAGUGCAGGCCCUAAAGGGGUCCGUCUUAGAGAGAGUUGAUUGCAUUCUAUUAUAAAGCUGCAAAAACGUGGACGAAGAUCCUACUAGUUGUAAACGUUGGAGCUCGUUGGAUCUCUAGAAAAGAGAUCUAAUCAGCCAAAAUAUUAAGAACCAAAAACGAGAAGUCCAAAAACUACUGCAAAGCUGAUUCAGAACAACGUGUAUUGUUUUUUCAUAACAAUAUUUCGGCUGGCCAUACCAGCCUAAUUCAGGUCUAUUGCCAGCAGUUCACUGUAGGUCAGGAAAUACGGCCCUUUCUUGACACUAGCGUGUUCCAGGGUAGGGCAGACUCAAAUAAUAAUAAUAAUAAUAAUAAUAAUAAUAAGAGUGAAGAACAAGAAGAGGAGAGAUUGGGGAGAGAUCAUAGGUUCGAGAUUAUCGCGCGCACGCGCUCACGAACUGCGCGUAACACGCGAGUUGUCAUGCCAAAAGGAAAAAACAACGGACGCCAUUUUGAGAUGUUAUACCUUCUCUCUACUUGUGGUGAGAAAUAACCCUUUCUAUUGACCUCGAUAUCUCUUAUCAGCAAAAACAAUGUGUUUAAUAUUUCCUCUUAAUCUCUAUGCUUAUGAAAUAUGCGAGCAACUAAAGCCAACCGAGUAAAAUUUGUUCAGUCAUCGGUCGACGAAUCUCUUUUUGGGGAACGUGUCACAGCUGUACACGAACCUGUUGAUGUUAGAACGUUCGAUCCACCUUGGGAAGACAAUGGAAAAGCUAAAGCAUCCCCUUCAAAACCUUUGUUAUUUUACUGCCCGACUUCGCCAUCUCGACCAACAUCUUCACAUUCACAGACGAGCCAAGCCUCGCCAGUACGAAGUUAUAAACCAGUCAAAUUUUCUCCUUCAUAUGUCGACGACAGUUUAUUCGGAAAAAGAAAGACAAAACGCUCAGAUUCACCGCCUCCGAGCGAAUUUGAACCUCCGUGGGUCAAAGAGAGCGAAAAGAGACCAGUUCGACCGCUGUUGUUUGAUUUUAAUUCGAAACUUGUUUUUGACAAUUCUGAUGUAAACAACGCAAACACCCCGGCAGCAUCUGCACGUUCCAAGACUCCACAAAGUUCGAGUCGCAGUUCGUCACGAAGAAGCUCAAGGACACAAAGCGCUGGACAUUUAGAAAAAAUAAUUAACAGUAAGCCGCCAUGGAGAUGA